GAUUGAGGGACCUUGCUGGCUAGGCAGCAUUUAUUGCCCAUCCCUAAUUGCCCAGAGGGCAGUGAAGCAUCAACCACAUUGCUGUGGGUCUGGAGUCACAUGUAGGCCAGACCAGUGUUCGUCAGAGGAAAACCCUCGUUGGAAAUGUGGAGAAUUGCAAGGACUGAACCACUUAGUUCAGGGAGUGAUGGUGUCACUGUCAAAUCGAUCUGGACUGAUUAACCAGACUAGCGCUCCAGAUAGGCUAGAUGUGGUUAAGAAUGAUGCGGAGAGGAAUGCCAACAUGGAUUUGGCGACUCGCUAUGGUAUUGGUUCUACUGUGUUGCAUAGUUUCCUUGCUGUACAUGUUGGCAUGCACUCCAAAGGUGGAAGAUGGCCAGCCCAUACUGCCGAGGGUGAGUGGCACAACUGGUAAGGAUAACUUCCAGGUGCUGCUUGAGGAACGUGAGCAGCAACACCGUAAUUACAUCACCAGUUUAAAGAGACAAAUUGCGCAACUGAAAGAGGAACUGCAGGAACGCAGCGAGCAGCUGAAGGCUGCACAGGAUCAUUAUGGUGACUCGCUCGGAGUUCAUAUUGACCGGAGCAGCCCAGAGAAAACACAGGCAGGUCUGCUCGAAUUUCUGCACUCUCAGAUUGACAAAGCAGAGGUCUACUCUGCGGUCAGACUGCCCACGGAAUAUUCGGUGAUACCGUUCGAGAGCUUCACUUUACAGAAAGUGUACCAGCUGGAAAUGGGCCUGACGCGGCACCCUGAGGAGAAACCAGUCCGAAAGGAUAAACGGGAUGAGCUGGUGGAAGCUAUUGAGGUUGCACUAGAAUUUCUGAACACCCCUGAAGAUGAAGGAGCAACAAAUCAGCGCAUGCAUGCAGCUGCUGACUUUGUUGAAGGUUGGUGUAUCAUAUUUACAAUUCUACCAAACAGUAGACUUUCUCUUUCAGCUUGAACUGUCCAGGGGCACUGUCCUUCCAGAUCCUGGAUCUGUUGUUGUUGUACCUCACCAGUGGGAUGAAAAGUCCCCAUCUCCCACCACCCCCCCCACCCCCUUUUCGGUUUAAAUAUCCCUUGUGACAUAAAGCUGGUGUUGAUCUGGUUUGUUGUGGUUGUUAACCCACAAGAUGAAACUGCUCAUGAUUUGGUAAAUCCCAAAAGAAGUUCAAUAAUUUAGAAAGUGGAGAUGUCACGGUUGUGCAAUAAUGGAUAACCUUCUACAAUGGAGAUAUUUUGGGGCGAGUAGGAGAAACGUUGUAGCAUGCUGAGUAUUUCCAGCAUCCAUAGUAUUUUGCUUUUGUACUUAUAUUGUUGUAACAUAACUUGCUUUCUUAACAAUUAAAAUAUGGAUCCAUUUCU